UUCUUCAGGUUUUUGCGAACAGCAGCGCUCACUUGUCAUGUUCUGUUUGUUCAUCUGUUUUCAACCUCCUGAUCAGUUCGGUUCUGCUUGAACCGAACCGGACCGAGCUGAGCCCGGUUCGGCUGGUCUGGUUGAUGACCGGAUCCCAUCUGGAUCCCUCCUGGACCUGUUCGGGCUCUGGAUUUGAUUCAGCAGAAUUAUCCAUAAAUAAACAAACAUAAAGCAGCCAAUCAGAAAGCAGCCCAUCCUCCUCCACUAGGGUUCCCAUGGUAACCACCUUCAGAUGGUUCAGUCCUGCUCAGACUGACGACCAAACAUCUAUGAUCAAUAACAGUCCCUCUGAAUCGCUUCGGAUCUGUGACGUCAUCCCGUCGCUUCACGACGCAGAGGAUGAAGAUCUGCUGAUCAGCCAGUCUGCGGCGCUUCUCUUCCUCUCUGCGGGUUUUUCUCCUCCAUCUUCCAGCAGCGAUGCUCCCGCAGCCCGCGCCCCGCCUCGCAGCUCCGCGCGCGGCCAAGCUGUAGCUCCGCAGCUCGGUGCGCGGCCCCGCCAUGGUGCAGAAGUCCCGCAACGGCGGGGUGUUCCCCGGAGCGCAGGCCGAGCAGAAGAAGCUGAAGGUGGGCUUCGUGGGACUGGAGUCCGGAGGGACGGAGUCCAGCAGGGACGGAGCUCUGCUCAUCGCAGGUGGGGACGAAGGCCCUCGGCGUCAGCGCAGCAGCGUCUCUGGAGGAAAGAGACCUCCGAAAAGAAACGCCCUCUACAGGCGGCUGCAGAACUUCCUCUACAAUGUUCUGGAGAGACCUCGCGGAUGGGCCUUCAUCUACCACGCCUAUGUGUUCCUGCUGGUGUUCUCCUGCCUGGUUCUGUCCGUGUUCUCCACCAUCAGAGAGUAUGAGAAGAGUUCAGAGGACGCUCUCUACAUCCUGGAAGUGGUGACCAUCGUGGUGUUUGGGGUGGAGUACAUGGUCAGGAUCUGGGCUGCAGGAUGCUGCUGCCGCUACCGAGGAUGGAGAGGACGGCUGAAGUUUGCCAGAAAACCGUUCUGCGUCAUCGACAUCAUGGUGCUCAUCGCCUCCAUCUCCGUCCUGGCUGCUGGGACUCAAGGAAACGUCUUUGCCACGUCUGCCAUCAGGUCGCUGCGCUUCCUGCAGAUUCUGCGAAUGAUCCGGAUGGAUCGACGUGGAGGAACCUGGAAGCUGCUGGGAUCCGUAGUCUACGCACACAGCAAGGAACUCAUCACUGCCUGGUACAUCGGCUUCCUGUGUCUCAUCCUGGCCAGCUUCCUGGUCUACCUGGCAGAGAAAGAAGACAACGACCAGUUUGAGACGUACGCUGACGCCCUCUGGUGGGGACUGAUCACCUUGACGACCAUCGGAUACGGAGACAAGUUCCCUGUCACCUGGAAUGGACGCCUACUGGCUGCAACCUUUACUCUGAUCGGAGUUUCCUUCUUCGCUCUGCCAGCUGGAAUUCUUGGCUCUGGAUUCGCUCUGAAGGUUCAGGAGCAGCACCGACAGAAACACUUUGAGAAAAGACGGAACCCCGCAGCUGGACUCAUUCAGGCCGCCUGGCGGGUCUACGCCACCAACCUGAGCCGGACCGACCUGACCUCCACCUGGGACUACUACGAGAGGACGGUGUCUGUCCCCAUGUACAGGCUGAUUCCUCCUCUGAACCAGCUGGACCUGCUCAGGAACCUCAAGAACAAGUCUGGACUUUCGUUUAGGAAGGACGUCCAGCCGGAGCCGUCACCGAGCCAGAAGGUCAGUUUGAAAGAGAGAGUCUUCUCGUCUCCACGGAGCUCCGGAACCAAAGGGAAGAGUUCUCCUCAGCACGUGGUUCCUCCGGGCGGCGUGGCUCCCGGCGUGGCAGUGGGCCCCAGCACCCAGGGGGGCGUCCAGGCGCUGCGCCGGUCUCCCAGUAUGGAGCCCAGUCUGGACGACAGUCCCAGUAAGGUUCCGAAGAGCUGGAGCUUUGGGGAACGCAGCCGGACCCGGCAAGCCUUCAGGAUCCGAGGAGCGGCGUCCCGCCAGAACUCUGAAGUGCUGAUAGAGAUGCAGGAUGAAGAGUUCAGACACAAGAGUUCCCCAGACGCCAGCCUGCCAGGUGAAGACAUGGUGGACGACAACAAGAGCUGCCACUGCGAGUUCGUCCCUCAGGACUUGACGCCGGGGUUAAAGGUCACCAUCAGGGCCAUCUGCAUCAUGCGCUUCAUGGUGUCCAAGAGGAAGUUCAAGGAGAGCCUCCGACCGUACGACGUCAUGGACGUGAUCGAGCAGUACUCGGCUGGACAUCUGGACAUGCUGGCCCGCAUCAAGAACCUCCAGGCCCGGGUGGAUCAGAUCGUGGGAAGAGGAACCCCCAUUGCAGAGAAGGAUCGUCCCAAAUCAGGUGGCGAGGAGAUACCUGAAGACCCGAGCAUGAUGGGACGUCUGGGGAAGGUGGAGAAGCAGGUCCUGUCCAUGGAGAGGAAGCUGGACUUUCUGGUGAACAUCUACAUUCAGCGAAUGGGAAUCCCUCAGGCAGAGACCGAUGCCUACUUUGGGUCGAAGGAACCGGACCCGGCGCCUCCGUACCACAGUCCGGUGGACCUGCAGGAGAAGAACCAGUCCCUCUCCAAGAUCCUGCAGGUGUUGCCUGGCGACCACAUGGAGAGGACCCGCUUUGUGACCAAGAUGGUCCGCUCCAGCAGCUCCACGGGACACAGGAACUACGCCACCCCCACCUGCCCGCCCUCCACCUCCUGGCAGCCAAUCAGCUCCCAGCUCCACCAGCAGGCCCCUCCCCCUCCGCAGCGUAGCCAUGGCAACACCCCGAGCCCGGUGGGCGACGCUUCACUGGUCCGCCUGCCCCCCCCUCCAGCCGGGGAGAGACACGGCGGGAAUCGACCCAGCCGGCACAGCGCCGGGGACCGGGCCGGACCGGACCGGGCCGGACCGGAGCGGAAUGGGGACGAGGCGAAGCCCGACAGCGACACCUCGGUAUCCAUCCCGUCGGUGGACCAUGAGGAGCUGGAGCGCUCCUUCAGCGGUUUCUCCAUUUCCCAGUCCCGGGAGAACCUGGACUUUCUGAACAACGGGUUCUACCCGUCCGCCGCGCAGGGGGAGCAGCCGGCCGGCGGCAGCGGCGGGGCCUCCGCCCGCCGCGCCGCCGGCCGGCCCUACAUCGCCCAGGGGGAGUCCGACUCUGACUCCGAGCUCUGCGCCCCCUCCCCGCACUCCGACCGGGCCUGGACCGGCACCAAGUAGGGCCGACCCCAAACCGAACCAGCAGAACCCGUUUUUUAAACUCAGACCCGUCACUUAAACACCAGCUGUGGGUUCGGACUGAAGCUUUAUGCGAACUGAUGAUGUCAUCAUUUAUAUAGCGAAUGCUUGCCACGCUCGCAUCUGAUUGGUUCCCACUGACCAAUCAGAUUCGCUGUUUCCACUAACAUCUGCUUGACUGACUGACACGUGAGGAUAGCUGUUACCAUAGCAACCACCUUGUCCAUCCACUGACCCGCCCAGAAUCCGAGUCGGUUUGGUUUUAAAUCAGAACCCCAAGUUCAGAUUUGAACACAAAAUUUUUGUUUCUAAUUUUCUGCUUUUUUCUGAAACAUUUUGUCUCCCUUUUUGGAUUUCCAGCACAAAACCUCCAGGAACCGCCACCGGAACCAGAAGCGGACCUCUCCUGGUUCCCUCUGAUGAAGCUGAUCAGAACAUGUCCGUCUCUUUGGUUCUGGUUCAAUUUGCAAAUAAAUUACCCUGAAUGUUGA